AUGUAUCGGGUCGAUGGACCGCAGCCUUUCUCCCUAACGGUGAGUGAUGUGAAUCAUCACCAUUCCUACCGGGCACCGGAGGACGAGGGUGAGGCCGCACUGCAUUUUUUCCGUAACUGUAGGUCCACAAGGGACGGCUGUGACAACAUCAUCAGAUCACUUCAUGUCAAGAACCCUCAUCACAAGAAGCCCAAUCCGAGACAAGGUGUCACAGCAGGCCCAACAGAAACCAUCGGAACUGCCAUUGCAGAGCGGUCCCUAAAGGACGCUCGAUCGUGUCAAACGCAAGAGGCACCUCCGCUUAGGGAGAUCCCGGGAAGGAAUUCGAGAAAUAGGACAAGAAGCAGAAAUGAGAUUGUGAUCGGAGGAGCCCAACGGAGAAGAGACAUCGUGCCAAAUCAAAAGAAUACAAACGUGUUCCUGAUAGACACGGCGUGUAACAGCCGUCCAAAAUUCCGUGUUUGGUGCUCAAUCGAAAGUUGGGCCCAUGUCAACCCAGGUCUGCAGAUCUGGUUCAUCAUGACAUCACCAAGAAUAAGCGACUUCGAAGGAUUUCCCAGCAAGCUUCUCCAAAAGUAUCCCAAUUUGAACAUUGUUGGAGCAGAUGUUGAGAAGAUGGUAGAAGACACGCCACUCAAGCAACUCUUUGAUUCCAAGAAGUGGAUGCAGAAUAACACGUGGCCCGUGGAACUCCUGAGCGACAUGAUGCGUGUGCUAGUGCUGUGGCACUGGGGUGGGGUGUACAGCGACACCGACGUGAUCAGCAUCCGGCCAUUUAACCUUCCCCUAAACUCUCUCGGGUACGAGACGAAUUUUCAGAUUGGCAGCGCUGUGUACAGUUUUGAGGCUCAACAGUCUAUCAUUUGGCAUCUCAUGGAGGACAUGGUAAACGGUUUUGAGCCAGAGUUGUGGGGAAGUAUUGGCCCGAAGGCAAUAACGCGCGUAGUGAAGGCAAUGUGUGAUGUGGUGGACCUAGAAACAUUGCUUCCCAAGACACCUGUUACGUGUGGUAGAGUGACUUUGCACCCAAGACAGACAUUCUACCCUGUCGAUUACACGCAGUCUAAAAAGUUCUUCACAAAAAACGGCGGUAAAAGGUUUAAAAAGAUUUUUCGACGUUCCUAUGCAGUUCACUUCUGGAACAAGAUGAGCAAGGAGUUUAUGGUGAAGAAAGGGGAUAAGAGCUUAUAUGAGGUGGCGGCAAAGAAAUACUGUCCUGUCAGCUACAGCGAGGCGACUCUGGAGGCAGACACUUUUUGACAUGCAUGAUUUAUUAAUGCUGUUGUUAUUUGCUAUUGCUGCUGCUGCCACUACUACGACUAUUACUACUACUACUACUACUACUACUACUAUGUAAUGUGGUACCCUGACGCGGUCCAAGAAUUUGGAAGAAACAAAAAAAAAAAAAAAAAAAAAAAAAAAGCGAAUAAGGGACGUAGAAAUAUGGAAGAUACAAAGGCAUAUAAAUCUAGUACGUAAUUGUUGGUAUUGUAGAAUCAAGCGAAAUCUUGGCAAAACCAAUGCCUGUGAAUUAGGCUUGACAGCAAAAGACUACAGCCAUUUUGAUCUACAAUUUUAAAACAAAUUGCAUACAUAAAUAACAAAAAUAAAUUGUUCCUUCUUACAAAUUUGUAAUGCAAAAAAAAAAAAAAAAAAAUAAAUAAAUCAUAUAAUCAUUAAUUAAUUAAUUAAUUAAUUAAUAUAAUUAAUUAAUAUAAUUAUUAAAAAAAAAACUAAUAAGUUUCUGCAUCCUUAAGAUGUAAAAUCAUAUACAGAAGUAGCUUACAUCAAAUUAAACUGCACAAAUUAAAUACAGUACGUGGCUUAACCACACGGCCACUCCUUGUUAACUUUCCCUGUUCAAGAUUCUCACUUUCAUCAUUCAUCCCUAAAACAUAUUCCUCUUUAUUCUGCAUAGGAAGCUCCCUUCGAACAUCAGAAGUUUCAGUUGCAUGCGCUGUUUACAUCGCAGAAAAUGUCUAGAUCAUGUAAUGUUUGAACAAGUCUACACAAUAUCCCCAUGGCAGCUCUUACAUGGAUGUAUCUUACUAUACCAUCACUGCCAGAUAAUAAAUCAGUAGUAAUGACUAAAAGCCAAUUCAUUCGAAGCACAUUGUCUUCUCUCAACUAUACAAUAGAACAGUGGUUCCCAAACUGGGGGUAAAUUAUCCCCUGGUGGUAAUUUAGCAAUUUUGGGGGAGUAAUGGAGAGGUGACAGAAAAAAAGCUAUGAAUUGUGGAAAUCAAGAAACCAUUGCAGUAUCUGAUAUUAGGAUUAAUGUUAACUUAGUUAGUCUUAAUGUGCAAAUUUGUUAAGUAAACCUAUUACAAGUAUUUUUUUUACUAUAGAUUAUUGUUAUAUAUUAUGAAUAACUAUUACAAAUAUAUAAUUAAUCAUAAUUGAUGAAGUUAACCUGAAUAACAAUAAACAUAAAAAAAAGAACUUAAAAACAGUUUUAGAAAAGUAGAAAUAUGUAUCUAAGUGUGAGGUAACCCAAAAAUAUUUUGACAGGUAUGCUUCAAGACACAAGUCACUCAGUAACCUUGAUGACUCAUCGAUAUAUCUAUAAUACGCGUCAGUCGUCACUCACUACUUGAGACUCUCUAUUCAGCUUUGCCAGACGUGCGAUAAUUAUCGUCAAAGACGAUAGUUUGGCCUCCCGUGCGACAGGCGAUAGCAUGCAUGCGAUAAUACAAUAAUUUGCGUAAAAUAUGUGAGGUGUUGAUUGUUGUUGUAGAAUUUUAAUUUAACCAUAUGUAUCAAUGUUGACAUUUUGUGGAAAGGGUAAUAUGCUUAGUGGGGCAUGUUAAAUUGGAUAAAAAUCUGAAAAACGUUUGAGAAUCACUGCAACAGGACCUGUCUUUACAUUGCAAUUUUAAGUUUGAAUUUCUUCACUGUAGGCAACAAUUUUCUCAAAUAAUCACCACUACACAUCUUCCAAAAUUUGUCCAGUUGACUUUUUCCGAACAGGGAUCGGGCAGACGUCCACGCGUAGGUUGGAAUCCCACCACAUACCGCUUUGAGGCUAUGCCAUUUGUCGAGUGGUUUAAAGCCACCUACAUGUCACCAUGAUACUCAGGUUCUAGAUGGUU